UCGGUUGUAAAACAGUUUUGUCCAGCUGACGUCUGUAUAACUGACACACGACGUUGUAUCUAUCAGUGGAUGAGCCAGAUCAGUGAGAAGCACACGGGUGUGGUGACACAGCAUUUCCUAGGAAUGACCUAUGAGACUCGGCCCAUGUAUUAUUUGAAGAUUAGCCAACCAUCCGACAACACCAAGAAGAUUAUUUGGAUGGAUUGUGGAAUUCAUGCCAGGGAAUGGAUUUCCUCUGCUUUCUGCCAGUGGUUUGUGAAAGAAAUUCUACAAAACUAUCAAAACAACUCAAGGAUAAGAAGGUUCCUUACGUAUCUGGACUUCUAUGUGCUUCCAGUUCUUAACAUAGAUGGCUAUAUUUAUACUUGGACAACUGACCGGCUUUGGAGGAAGUCCCGUUCAUCCCAUAAUGAUGGCGCGUGUUUUGGGACAGAUCUCAAUCGAAAUUUCAACUCAGCCUGGUGUAGUAUUGGUGCAUCUAAAGACUGCAGCGAUGACACGUUCUGUGGGGCAGGCCCCGUGUCAGAACCUGAGACGAAAGCCGUCUCCAGCCUUAUAGAGAGCAAGAAAGAGGACGUUCUGUGCUUCCUGACCAUACACUCUUAUGGGCAGCUCAUCCUCACGCCUUAUGGCUACACAAAAAAUAAAUCAAGUAACCACGAAGAACUGAUCCAAGUUGGACAGAAGGCAGCAAAUGCACUGAAAGCAAAGCAUGGAACCAAUUAUAGAGUUGGAGCGAGUGCAGAUAUUUUAUACGCCCUAUCAGGGUCUUCAAGAGACUGGGCUAAGGACAUUGGGAUCCCCUUUUCAUACACAUUUGAGCUGAGGGACAAUGGUACACAUCAGUUUAUUCUGCCAGAAGCUCAGAUUCAGGACACCUGCGAGGAGACCAUGGAGGCUGUGCUUUCCAUCCUGGAUGACGUGUAUGCCAAAUACUGGCACUCAAACAGAGCCGGGAAGGUGACGUCUACUGCAGUGAUGCUGAGCCUGCUAGUGCCCUUCAGGUCUCUUUUCUGAGUCCACCCCACCCAGGCCUGCUCAGCCUCAAUGGCAUGAUGGGGUUACAGAGAAGGUGUUUCUCUGUGGCCAGAGGGGAAAUAAAUAAUGUAAAUAAAAAUACUAUUUCAAUAAAGAUAAACCAUAUUUGAACUGUAA